AUGGCAGCGGCCGGGCACGCGGCUGAGCUGAGGGAAGAUGGCGGUGACGGGUUGGCUGGAGAGUCUGCGGGCGGCAGAGAAGACGGCGCUGCUGCAGGACGGGAGAAGGAAGGUGCACUAUUUGUUCCCAGAUGGGAAGGAAAUGGCCGAAGAAUAUGAUGAGAAGACAAGUGAACUACUUGUGAGGAAGUGGCGUGUGAAGAGUGCCCUGGGCGCCUUGGGCCAGUGGCAGAUUGAGGUGGGAGAGCCAGCACUCCCAGGAGCAGGGAGCCUGGGGCCUGAACUCAUCACGGAAAGCAAUUCCAAUCCCAUCUUCAUGCGCAAGGACACCAAGAUGAGUUUCCAGUGGCGAAUUCGAAACCUCCCGUACCCUAAGGAUGUCUACAGUGUCUGUGUGGACCAGAAGGAGCGCUGUGUUGUCGUCAGAACAACCAACAAAAAGUACUACAAGAAGUUCUCAAUACCUGACCUAGACAGGUAUCAGCUACCUCUGGAUGAUUCCUCGCUGAGCUUUGCUCAUGCCAACUGCACCCUCAUCAUCUCCUACCAGAAGCCAAAGGAGGUUCUAGUAGCUGAGUCAAACCUGCAGAAGGAGCUGAAGAAGGUAAAGACAGCACACAGCAGUGACGGGGACUGCAAGACUCAGUAGCGGACCCCUGAGGCCUGCACUUGCAGCGCUGAGUGUGGGUGAGGCUCUUCCUGUAGAGGCCUCUGAGACUUCAAGGCUUGGGCACUCCUAGCCCCUGAGUCGUGGUCUUCUCUCCUGAGUAAAAUAAUUCUGAGUCA